AUGUUAAGUUGGAACCUGGUUGUUUUUGCGUCGACUGAGGAUGAAUAUGAACGUCGUCUGUAUGAGUUAACACUUGAGUACUAUGCAUAUGAGGGCGCACUUAAUUAUCUGAGAAAUACAUGGUUGAAUGAUUAUAAAGAAAAAUUUGUUGCAGCAUGGACAAAUAGAAUAAUGCAUUUUGGCAACGUUACUACGAACAGGGCUGAGAGUGCACAUGCAAAGUUGAAGAGACAUCUUGGAUCUUCUCAAGGUGACUUAGAGUCAUCAUGGACAAUUAUCAACAGUCUUAUUGAGUUACAACAUGUAGAGAUUAAGGGGUCGUUUGAAAAAAGUUUAAUGUUGGUGCAACAUAACUUUAAGCCAGCAAUUUUUAGAGAAUUGCGAGGUGUUAUAUCGAGAAGUGCAUUGAAUAUGGUACUAAUGCAGUCGCAACUUGCUUAUAAAAUUGGGAUAGACAAAGUUUCAUGUGGAUGUGUGAUUAGAAGCACAUAUGGUUUACCUUGUGCACAUGAAAUUGCAGAGUUCAUGGUACAAGGACGGCCAAUUCCUUUGUCAACUGUGCAUCCUCAUUGGACAAGGUUGCAGUUAGUGCAGUCAGCUUAUGAUGGUGUGUCAUCGCAGGUAACGAUUGAGCCAGAAAUAGAGAGUAUAUAUAAAAUGUUUUAUUCAGAACCGGAGCCAGGGAAGCAAGUAUUAAAGCAAAAGUUGAGAGAAAUAGUUAAUCCAGACACAACUUCACUACAACCACCAACCAUGAAAGUUAGGACGAAGGGUAGGCCAACAUCGAAGAAGAAAAUUCAGAUUGAUACAUCCACCAAACGUGAUCCGUCCUUAUUUGAAAUAGUUCAAUCUAGUCAAGACAGUAGAUCCCUAGCAACAUGGAUAUCCAAGAGAAACACCAACCGACUCAAGGGGUAUGAUGAUUGUUUCCCACCACAAAUACAACCGUUCUUGCAUAAUAUUGUUAAUGUAGAAUCAGAUGGACAUUGUGGAUUUCGCGCGAUAGCAGGGUUACUUGGUAUGAGUGAGCACAAUUGGAGAGAUAUUCGUUUUAGUCUGAUAGGAGAGUUGCAAUCUUUUCGUGCGAUGUAUACGCAAAUAUAUGGAUCAGAAAUGCGUGUGGAUGAGUUACUACAUAUAUUAUAUUGCUUUGAUAACAUUGCACCGUGCGAGCAUUGGAUGACUUUACCUGACAUGGGCCAUUUAGUUGCUUCAAAAUACAAUGUCAUAUUGGUGCAUUUGUCACGGAUCCAGUGUCUUACAUAUCUUCCACUUAGAUCGAUCCCUCCUCCAGCAGUACAACACAGGAUGAUUACUAUAGGAUUUGUGAAUGAUUGUCAUUUUGUGCAGGUAUUCCUUAAGCCAAGGUCACCAAUUCCUCCCGUCGCACUGAAUUGGUACAGAUUUCGAUGUGAUAAUGCACGUGAUUGGGAAACGCCAUACAUAUCCAGAAUUCAAGCAUUUUUAUCUCUAGUAGGUCAAGAUGUGGCAACACAGGAAGUUUUUGACUUAUCUGACACAUGA